AUGGCAGCCGGUAGCUUCGCGGUGUCAGCAGAUUCCGAUCUGUUGAUAUAUCCGUCGGUCACUAAGGGUUUGCGGCCAAUCUUCCAUGGUCUGGCCUAUGCGUUGUACACCAAGGAGAGUGUUACCAAUGCACUUCACGUUCCCAGUGCAGACUAUGUGACGUUGCUGGGCAUCGUGUCCAAGAACGACUAUACCGAGAACAUUCCCGGUCUUGGAAUAGUUCGCAACCUAGAGAUCAUUCGCGCUCUUCGCCUGUCGCCCGACAUCCGCCAUAUGCUCGAUGGUUACAGAUUCAUGGCAGCCAUCAAAUCCCACGAGGUUAUCGACCAGAGCCGAUUCAAGCCAUCGGAAGACAUCUUUUUGGAUCUCGAGGAGAAAGUGCUCCAACUGCAGCCAGGAGAUGAGGUCGCCGAUGAGGACAUGCUCGGCUUUGGUUUCAACAUUGCAGCACCGCAGUUCUGGCACCUCAAGCUGCAACGAUUUGCCGUCGCUGCAUAUCAGCAUGCGAGUAGAAGGUAA